AUGGCGCUCAACUACCUCACGACUAGCCAAGGCUGGCUGUCCUUCAGCCACAGCACCCCUACGCUAUUCGUGACCGCCGAGGACGACGACUUCGACGUGGAAACACUGCGCGCAUGGCGCGACGAAGGCUUCGUCGUCAAGUACGUGCCCAUGGGCAAGGGCGGCAAGACGUACGUCAACACGCUGCACCACCUGGGCGACGGCAUGAGCAUCGGCGAGCGCUAUGCGAUCGUAGCCUUCGGUGACGCAGCUGCCGUCUGUCUCGAGGUGUACUCGGAGCCCAAGACUAGCACGUCCAAGCUGUGCUCGCUGAUCGCCUACUACCCGAGCUCUAUACCCGAUCCCAGACACCGCCUCUCGUCGUCCUUCCGCGUUCUGGUCCAUCUCGCGCAGGGCACCGGCGAGGGCGACACCGUUGGCGUCCAGCGGAGGCCCGAAGUCUUGGGCAUACAAGGGAGGCGGAAGAUAGUGCAGAAGCGCAUCACGCCGGGGAUAGGGACCGGCGGCCUGCAAAGCAAAAUUCCAUACCCAGUCUACACCUACGAAGGCGUGGAUGCGGGGUUCGCGGAGCACGACCUCGAUGAGUACGACGCCGUGGCUGAUGCGCUAGCAUGGAGCCGAAGUCUCAGUAUGGUGCGACGAGGGUUUGGUGCCGAAGUCGACCUCGAGCGCGUGUGGGAGGAAAACGAGGAUCAGAAAUAUCACAAAAGAAGCGCCAAGAAGAUCAUGGAAACCUACACCACUGAACCCACUCCCACCGUGAACUACACAGCCACUCUGACAGGCGGCCAGGGCCACGAAGAAAUAUUCCGCUUCUACAACGAAUACUUCAUGGCCGACAAGCUGCCCAUCUUCCACCUGCGCCUCAUCUCCCGCACCAUCGGCGCAGAUCGCAUCGUCGACGAGCUCUACGUCCAGUUCAAGCACACCAUAGACAUGCCCUGGGUGCUCCCUUCCGUGAAACCCACGGGCAGAAAAGUUGAGAUUGUCGUCGUCAGCAUUGUCGGGAUGCGAGGCGGCAAGGUGUGGAGCGAGCGCAUUUACUGGGACCAGGCGAGCGUGCUGUUCCAGGUCGGGCUGUUGGAUCCUGACCAGGUGCCGGAGGAGGCGAGGAAGCAGGGGCUGGAGAUGCUGCCUGUUGCGGGGAGCGAGGCAGCGCGGAAGAUUAUGGACUUUGAGAGCGAAGACACGAAUGACAUGAUUGACGAUUGGUGA